AUGGAGGAAUUUAAUACUUGUUUGGACAACUGUGGUCUUAUGGAUUUAGUUGUUUCUAGCAGCAACAUGUCUUGGUGUAAUGGUCACAAUGGACAUUCUCGGAGUUGGGCAAAAUUGGAUAGGGUCCUCUAUAAUUUGACUUUUCUCCAAUCUUUGGCAAAUAUUUAUUUUGAGUAUGGAAAUAGGAGGACUUCAGAUCAUAAACCAUUGAUUAUUUGGUUUCAUAGAGAUUUGCAUAGGUAUGGUCCUUCUCCCUUCAGGUAUCAAAAUAUGUCGAGAACUCAUCUGUCUUUUAAGUCUUGUGUGGAGGAAGCUUGGAGGGAGGAAUUCCUUGGCACGAGUUUUGUUAGACUUGCCGAUAAAUUGAAGCAUACGAAAGUUACAAUCCGAAACUGGAACAAGCAGGUAUUUGGACAUGUGCAUCAGAACAUUAAAAAAAUGGAGGAAAGUAUGGAGGUUCUAGAGGCUCAGCUUCAGGAAGGGUAUUUGCUAGAAAUUGAGGAAAAUUUCUUCCUUUCUAAACUCGAGUUGGGAGCAUAG